AUGACGAAAUAUAUUUCAGUCAACAAGUACAUGACAGAAGUCAAAGAAGAACUAGACCCAUUCGCUUAUUUGAAUGUUUACUUCUACCAUUUUGAAAAGUCUACAUUUGACAAAGUUUGGAACAUCGAACCAGUUAAGUUUGCUAUUGUGACUAAAAAUGGUGCGAAAUUUGAAGACUUAGACAUAGAAGGUUUGUUAGCAGUCAAAGAAAAUUUUGACAGAAGGUUUUCAAACCUUAAAGAAGGCAAAGCAUACAAACUUGUUAUACCUUAUGAACCAAAGAAAGCAGACGACUAUGAAUAUUAUGAGUCUAAGAUAGUUGAAGUUCAAGGUAAAUUGGGUAAAAAGAUUUUAG